AAGGUGGACUGGUGCUAAUAUGACCUCCCGCUAAGGCGAAGGGCUUCCCGCUUGCAGUUGCAAAAACAACAGUGGGAAAUUAUCUGCGGGGCACUGGGGAUUGGUGACUGACUGGCAUUGCGAUGUUCCUUCGACUGUUGGCUGAUGUUCGGUGGCAAAGAGGCAGCCCAGGAUGGAGGAUUGUACCCGGUUCCCGACGCAGCAGUACAAGUGGAGCAGAACCUCACCUAGUGCCUCUUCCGAGUCAUGCACAGGUGGUCAUCUGUGGGGGUGGAAUCAUGGGCACGUCAGUGGCAUAUCACCUCUCCAAACUAGGAUGGAAGGACAUUGUUUUGCUGGAGCAGGGCAGACUGGCUGCUGGCUCAACCAGAUUCUGUGCAGGGAUUGUGAGCACCGCGCGGCACCUGCCCAUUGAGCUGAAGAUGGCCGACUACUCAAACAAGCUCUACCAACAGCUCGAGCAAGAGACAGGGAUAAAAACUGGCUAUGUGAAGACCGGCUCUGUCUCACUGGCUCAGACGCAGGACCGGCUGAUCUCUCUCAAGCGCAUUGCCUCACGGCUCAAGGUCAUGGGGAUCCCCUGUGAGGUCAUUCCACCAAGGAAAGUGGCGCAGCUCCACCCCCUCAUCAACAUCCAUGACCUGGUGGGGGCCAUGCAUGUUCCAGAGGAUGCUGUUGUAUCGUCUGCCGAUGUGAGCCUGGCUUUGGCACACGCUGCUUCUGUGAAUGGUGCCCAGAUCCAUGAGCGGACAAGUGUCAUCCACAUUGUCAGCCAGAAGGGCUGUGUGGCUGGAGUUGAGACUGACAGAGGAUCAAUUGAGUGUCAGUAUUUUGUUAACUGUGCUGGACAGUGGGCUUAUGAGCUGGGUCUUUCCAACGAGGAGCCGGUCAGCAUCCCGCUGCAUGCCUGCGAGCACUUCUACGUCCUGACACGUCCCUUGAAGUCGCCCUUGGAAAGCAAUAUGCCAAUUACUGUGGACCCCGAUGGGAGGAUUUACAUUCGCAGUUGGCAAGGGGGCAUCCUUUCGGGGGGCUUUGAGAAGAACCCAAAGCCUAUCUUCACGGAGGGCCGGAACCAGCUUGAGAUUCAGAAUUUACAAGAGGACUGGGACCAUUUUGAGCCCUUGCUGAGUGCCCUUCUUCGGAGGAUGCCAGGAUUGGAAAACCUGGAGAUCGUCCAGCUGGUGAAUUGCCCUGAAUCCUUCACUCCAGACAUGCGAUGCAUCAUGGGAGAGUGUCCGAAUGUGCAGGGCUACUUUGUCCUGGCUGGGAUGAACUCCGCUGGCACGUCUUUCGGUGGGGGGGCAGGCAAGUACCUUGCUGAAUGGAUGGUGAAUGGCUACCCUUCUGACAACGUCUGGCCCCUGGACCUGAAACGCUUUGGUACCUUGCAGAGCAGCCGCACCUUUCUUCGCCACCGUGUCAUGGAAGUAAUGCCCCUGAUCUAUGACCUGAAAGUUCCACGCUGGGAUUUCCAGACUGGCAGGCAGCUUCGUACAUCACCCCUCUAUGACCGGCUGGAUGCACAAGGAGCUCGGUGGAUGGAGAAGCAUGGGUUUGAGAGGGCCAAGUACUUUGUGCCACCUGGGAAAGAUUUGCUCGCUCUGGAUCAGAGCAAGACAUUCUACAAGCCAGACUGGUUUGACAUUGUGGGGGCAGAAGUCAAGUGCUGCAAGGAGGCAGUGUGCGUCAUUGAUAUGUCCUCAUUCACCAAGUUUGAAAUCAGCUCUACAGGGGACCAGGCCCUGGAGGUUCUGCAAUAUCUCUUCUCCAAUGAUCUGGAUGUACCUGUUGGACACAUUGUGCACACAGGGAUGCUCAAUCACAAUGGAGGGUACGAGAAUGACUGCAGCAUCGUUCGCCUGAACAAACGCAGCUUUUUCAUGAUCUCCCCCACUGACCAGCAAAUACAUUGCUGGGCCUGGCUGAAGAAACACAUGCCUGAGGACAGCAACCUCCUCUUGGAAGAUGUAACCUGGAAGUACACAGCUCUGAAUCUGAUUGGCCCACGUGCCGUAGAUGUCCUCUCAGAACUCUCCUAUGCACCAAUGACUCCGGAGCAUUUCCCCUCCCUCUUUUGCAAAGAGAUGAGUGUGGGUUACGCCAAUGGCAUUCGCGUCAUGAGCAUGACGCACACUGGAGAGCCGGGAUUCAUGCUCUACAUCCCCAUUGAGUACGCUUUGCACGUGUACAACGAAGUUAUGAGUGUGGGGCAGAAGUACGGGAUCCGGAACUCCGGCUAUUAUGCCCUCCGCAGCUUACGCAUCGAGAAGUUUUUUGCCUUUUGGGGCCAAGACCUGGAUGCUUUCACCACUCCCUUGGAAUGCGGGCGCGAGUUCCGGGUGAAACUUGAGAAGGGCACCGACUUCAUUGGGCGGGAGGCACUGAUGCACCAGAAGCAAGAAGGGGUCUACAAGCGCUUCACCAUGUUCAUCCUCGAAGACCACAAUACAGACUUGGACCUGUGGCCCUGGUGGUGUGAGCCUAUCUUCCGGAAUGGACACUAUGCGGGCCAGACCACCAGCAGCGCCUACAGUUACACCCUCGAGCGGCACGUCUGCCUGGGUUUUGUGCGGAACGUUGACCCGGAAACUGGUGAGGAGCAGCUGGUGACGCCUGACUUUGUCAACCGGGGGGAAUACGAGAUCGAGAUUGCCGGACACCGCUUUCAGGCCAAGGCGAAGCUCUACCCUUUCAGCUCCCUUUUCACGCCCCGCCGACGCAAGGACGAAAUGGAGUUCAGCGGUUACCAGGGAAAGUGAGACCUCUGCUGAAUGCAGGAGGGGUUGCCGACCCUUCCACCGCUGCUGGUUGGACUUGGUUUAGCCUCCUAGGUCUGUUACAUUUUUGUACGUUUUAAACCCUCCUCUUUUCCUUUCAUCAUUUUAAUCUCCGCAGCUUUCUGCUGCUCCCCGGAUAUCUUCCUACCUUCGCCACAGCCGCUGAGCUGCUCCAAGCUAAUGGGCAGGUGGACCGGCUUCUGCUUACGGGAUGUGGACAGUCACAUACUCAAACAGGGGCCUUGAGCACUCCGGCUUUCUUCUGGAGCUCUCUCUUUGGUUACAGCACUUAACAGCCAGCUGCAGAGCCGCCUUGCAGAAACACUCGGCGGUACGCCCUGCCCCCUGAUCCUAGUUGUUCACGGUUUUCCAUCUUCUGCUUUUUCCUGUCGAAGCUGUGAAGAAAUUAAGAGCAUUUCUUCACAUUGGGAGAGAGUGCCGUCUUUUGGGGCAGGUUCAUAUCUGCUAUCCUCCAGGCAAGAUUGGAACAGGAGGUGGGGGAAGAAAUGAUUUACGGAACAUUUGGGUUCUUUGAAGUGGAGCUGUCUGGAGGUGGUGGAAUGGCAUGCUUUUUCUUCCUCCCCCCCCCCCUUUUAUUGCCAGAAAUGCAUCUCCUCUUGCACAGGGUGUCUGCAGUCCUCAGUGUCUGUUUGAUUACAUAGUUGCAGUGGGUGAUGGUGUAUUUGCUGUACCCAGAAUCUUUCGGGGCAGCCACCUCUUCUCUGAUGUUUCUUAGCUUUGCCUGUAUUCGGUCUCAGGUUGGUUAUGCAGUAUAUUGGCUCUUGGAGGGGGAUGGCUUUGAGAGCUGCACCUCUUGGCAAUUUGGAGGGUGGUAUUGAAGGCCUGCCAUUGUGACUGAAGGUGGGGUGCUGGAAGUGGCCUGCUGCUUAGAAUGACCCCUGCUCCAUGGGUCCUGCCCUUCCUGUCUGUCUGUAUCUUUCACCUCCUGCUGUAUCCUCUGGACGGAUGGCUGCCUUUGUUCGUCUACAUUUCUCAACUCUUUUUCCUCUUCUCUUCCUAUCCCAGCACUGGCCCCAACUUCAGCUACCAGUGGAAGGCUCAAAUGCUCCGUACAGCCACACAAUACAGUCCACACGAGAUGUUCUCCUUCCUGGGAAAGCUCAAUGCUGGGGAUGGUUUUAAUGUAGGGCAUGUUUCCAAUGAAAGAUUCCCCUUCCCCUGCCUGUCAUUAAUUGGUGCUACAUUGGAAAAGAGCACAUUUACAUCGACUCCAAGAUCAACAAGUUGUUUACUGCAAACAGCUUGUUUCUAUUUGCAAACCCUUCAGUUUAUUCCCACCUCUUCCCAUCAGAUGCAUGACACCAUUCUGUUGGGAGGGGAUCAUUUCAAAGGGCCCCUACAUAGCUUUGCACCCUUCUGCUUUUUUUUUUUUGUUGCUCUGCAGUUCCUCUUUAAAAAAAACAAACAUGUCUGGACAGCUCGCUGUUACACAUUAUCCAGAUAAUAUUGCUUUACUGUUGUUGGCCUUUUGAAGAGAAGGUGAUCAAGACAUCCCAAUGUCCCUGCAUAGCAAAGAGAUGGAAGGGAUGUGACUGCAAGUUACCUUGGAGUUUUUUGAAAGUGGGGCUGGGGGCAGAACUAAGUCACAGCACUCAUGGCCACUGGAGCCAUCCCUUGCCCUGUCAGUUGAAACCAUAUUGAGUCUUUGGCAGAAGAAGCCCUGCUUCUUGAGUCAGGCCCAGAGGCUGCAUUUCGAGGCAGGCCAGGAAUAUAUAGCCCCAGACUGUAAAGCGGCCUAUGAAACUCUCUGCCUUUCACCCAAUCAGAUGCAUUGGAUGGAACUGCAGCAUGCCGGGUUAAAAGCACCUUCUUGGUUUCCCCUCGUCUAGUUUUGAUGCUUCCUAUGUUUAUCCGAGCCGAAUCUGGCCAGAUGAUAUUUUCCCCAGAGAGAUGAAGGCAGCUUGUAUACAGUGAAAGCAGUGGUUCCUCUUUGGCCCUUGUUCUAAUUAGUGCUGGAAGGUGUUGUGGCUUUUUUUAAAAUUGAAUUUUAAAUAACGUUUUGGACCAAAGACAAUAGGGUGGAGCAUAUUCAUGUAUGGAUGGAGAAGUGAAUCCCCUCUCAGCGCCUUUGUGGUUCUCUUAGACAAGUUUUUUUAAUCUCUCACCUAACACAAGGACUAAUUCUGAGUCCAGUUGCAUUUGCACCAAAGAACCAAGCUUUACAGGAGAAAUUUCAGUAGGUCACAAAGCUGAGGGGCUGGAUUCUGGCUCCGUACUGUACAGCAGAGUCUGCUGGCUACCCAGCAGUUACCCACGGGUUGUCAUUCUCUUCCCAAACAUCCUAGCUCAGCAACCACAGCCUUGUGAAGUCCUGGUCUCAGCUGUACAUGCUGUCAUACUCUGGGUUGGAUCCAGUGAUCCCUCCCGAGAAGAUGCUUCUGGUUGUGAAUCUUUCUCAUGUUACCUCCCACCCCUUGCAGUCCCAUCUGACCAGGGGAAAGUUCAUUUCUGGGAUCAUGGUAUCCGUAGUGUGCAAAAAGGAAACAGGCUAAAUCACCCUUCCUGCCUCUUCCCCUUGCAUUUCCCCUGCGGACUGUUUUAGAAUAUUCCAUAGCUGCCAAUGUACAUCCUUUUCCUCCUCCCCUCCCAGAAAGUCCUCCAUGAGUCACUCCUUUUUUUUUUUAAAGUCUCACAUGCACUUUAAACAUGUUGGCUCAUUUUGGUAUUGAAUGCCAGCUCUCCAGGAUCACCUGUUCCUUCCAAGAAUCAACUCCAAAACUGGUGGAGGAUUUUUUUAUUAUUAUCAUUGUCCUCAUUAGUAAAUUAACAGCUCUUGCCAGCAUCUCUUCUAUGGGACAGGCAGUGGAGAUCCAAAGCAGAGCGAAACCACCUCCUUACCUUUGGAGUGCCUUAUGCUCACGGAUGCUGGGAGACUGGGCCCCGGCUCAGCUCCAUCCCAUGUACUUGAUUUCUCCACCUCCUCCAACGGGUGCUUUUUAAGCCUUCCUGAGUUCCAGGAGGCAGACGGCACAAAUGGCAGUUGCCAUCAUCUGUGCCUUUUGCAGAACGUGCUCCUGCUUGGACUGUGGAAAGAGGCGGCCAUCGGAGGUGCUGGACCAGCUUUUCUGAGUGAAGCCAGCCCUGAGAACUGCCAUUCCAGAGUGCACAAAGGGGCCACCGGCUUCCCAUCCGGUCAAUGCUUUUAGCCCUACUAGGAAGCCAUCAUGUCCCAUCAUGCAGCACUUCAGCAGCUCUCUUCUGUUCCAUGUUGGUUUCCAAUGCUACCUAGUGUGUUUAUCAAUAAAGAGCUGUUUAACUA